UCCCACGACUUAUCCAUUUUUACAAAGUGUUGGCUAUUUUUCAUGUGUCAAAAUUGUGUCAGUCUGUGUCAGUGUCAAAAAAAUGUAAAUCUCUCAAAAUGUUCAACAACACGAAAACCGAUCACUCCAAAUCGAUUUUCUCCAACGUGUACCGCACCAACAACCACCAAGCCCGCCCCCACCUCCGCACGCCACUCACCUUCAAGUCCUCCUCCCUCUCCUGCACCCAACGCCCAAAGGACCCCGAAAUUCUCUAUUUCAACGAGAAAAUCCUUCGCCGAAAAACGAAAAACACAGUUACGGAAUGUAGCACCCAAACCAGUAAAACAAUCCUCCAGUUGGCACAGUUGGAAAUCGUCAAAAACGGUACUUUUCUCUCGCCCUUCCCCCAUUUCGAAACCCCGCCCCAGGACGGCCCUCUCAACCUAUCCGUGCACCACGCGCAAAUCGUGACUCCACCCCCCAUGUCACCCGAUAGUCUGGCGACCACGCCCCAUAAUACAUCGAUGUUUAAUUGUCCAUACUCUGUGACCAAUCGCCUCUCGGAUUACACACUUGACGGUUCGUGUACUGAACACGACUUGAAGAAAAACUCAGAAAUACGCAGCCAAUCAUUUGUUGAGUGCUACUCCCACCCUAACUAUAUCCAAGACCCCGCCCCCAAAUCCAAAAUCCCUAAACCACGAUUCGUCCAAAGACGCAGCUCCAAAUCGUUGGACCUCCCCGAUAAUUCGUUUGUACGUCGAGUCUCCUCCCCCUUUUGCCACGCCCAGAGUAGUUUUAUGUCACCCACCAAAUCCAGUCAAAUUAAGAGCAAUAUGGCGGAUAUAAAAAGCGCCAAUUUUUUGAUUCCGCCAAUGAGGAGAGGCCGUUCGACCAGUCCUAAGCCAGUUUCAACAAAAAAAUGGUUCGAAACGUCGAGGAAAAUCCCUUAUAUUGAUCAAAGUAGGUCUGAUAUGAGUAGUUCAACCACCUUGAUCAACGCUACGAGGAAUCCCGAACUUGUCCGAUUGGAGGGGAUCGAAAGGGAUUUGUCAAAGAGUGACUUAAGUAUUAAAAUAUCCGAUGAUGUUUUGAGUUUGAUUACUAACGCACAAGUGUCAAAUUCGUCCGUUGACACCACCAUUUGUAUGGCUGUCAAUAAAUUGAGGGAGCCAGACUGGAGGUUGGCCUUACGUGGCCUCGCCGACAUUGUGGAGAUCUGUCGCGUGAUUGACAUUGACCUUAUCUACGACUACAUGCCAAGCAUUCAUCAGCGACUCAUCGAACUAUUGAAAAGUCCACGUUCGCACGUUUGUCGAACAGCGUGUCAAGCAGCUGGACAUCUCUUCGAAUACGUCAAAGACACACGUCGGCCUGAAUUUGACGAUAUCGUCGACAUACUUCUACAUAAAACAGCCGAUUCAAAUCGUUUUAUACGACAUGAUGCUAAUUUAGCACUCGACUGCAUGGUUACACACAUUUCCACAUUCAAUGCAGUUCGAGCUUUGUGUCAAAAAGGACCAUUUCACAAAAAUCCACUAGUGAGAUGUGCAACGGUCAGGCUUCUGGUUUGCGCGAUUGUAAUUGCAGGAGCUGAUUUUGUACUCAAUCCGAAUAAUAACGAAUAUACGAGAAAAAGAGUGAUUUUGAAUAUGGCGCGCUUUUUGGAGGACAAAAAUCUCGAAACGAGGAAGUUGGCCGAAAGGUUGUAUAAAGUGUUGUCGAAAGAUACGAGAUUUGAAGUCUACUUGAAGAAAUAUCUAGAGAAGGAACAGAUUACGAAGAUUAAAAAAACUUUAAGGAUUAUACACAAGAAAUGAGUGUUUUUUUAUUAUUAUGUAAGGUACGGGUGUUUUAAUAAAGCUCUAUUGAGUUA